AUGGCCUCCGAAUAUGGAGAGAGCACCUCAGGCAGGGCGUCCUCAGAGACGGCACGAGCAGCAGAAAGUUCGAGUUCACCAAGCGUGGACGAGUUCGAAAAGGCGUCGCUGAUGCGGGGAGAUGUGCCCGAUUCCCCGCGAAAUAAGCCCUUCUGGAGGCGGCACUUGCUCCCCGCCGCUAUUCAUUUCUUUAUUUUCAUUGUCUACAUUACGGUGGGUAUCCUGGCGCUAGAUUCACGGGCUAAGAGCGCGGUGGGGGGGGCGGUCAUUGUUGUGGUAAGCUUUCCACCGCGUGGAGGACGCCGUGCAAUUACCCGACGGUUCAGGGUACGCGGGGACAUUGAAUGUCUACCACGAGAUUCACUGCGUCACGACGCGCAGCGCGAGGAGAACCGGCUGCACUCAGAGCACUGCCUGAACCACCUGCGCAAGUCAGCCAUGUGCCACGGAGAUGUCGGCAUCAUCACGUACCGGUGGGGCAACGACAGCCGCCGGCCAUACGCCGCUGCCACCAAGCACCAGUGUGUCAAGUGGGACGCCCUCGCGGAGUGGACUAACGAGCGGACCAUUGACAUGUUUAAGCCGGGGUAUUUGGUGCAUCCAACGCUUGGACCGGUAUAUAGGGAGGGAGAGGAAAAGGAUCUGAUGGAUUGA